UCUAACUUCGAAGACGAACUGGUUUGGAAUAACAUCUCUCUGAGUUAUGCUUCAUUUGUCCUAAUUUGACUCUUAGAACGCACUGUAAACAAUAAGUCAUGACAGAAGGGUCAAAGUCAGUUGAAAAAUGGCUUGUAGGUUUACCUUGCUCGUUUGAUAGGCAUGUAAAAUAUAAAUGUAAGAAAGGUUCAACGAAUAGCGAAACUUCAUCGUGUAUUGGCGAAUCAUUUAAUUCAUUUCCACCAAGAACCUCGAAAUGGAACAUUGCUUGUUUGGAAUCACUUGGAAUUUUCUACAACAAAGAAUUUCACGAUUCACCCCAAGACAUUCUGAGCAUGAUUUUUGAAGAAACUGGGGCCUUUCAUCCAGUUUCAGAGGAGCAAAACUGUAAUGUCACAGAUAUAAAGAAAAGUUUAACUUUCAAUUUUCCUAUAAGUGAAAUAGUUGAUAUGUUAACAGACAAAGAAAAGGUUACAUUAAACAAUGGAGAAUCAUUCUUUCCAGAGAUAGAACAUGAUAUUGACGAAUGCACUUCUGUAGACAUUAGAGAGUUCCUUUUUAGUUGCCAGUUAAUGCUUUCCUGCAGAGCAGCCUUCUUUUAUGACUGGCGAGAGAAUAUUGAACCAAAGGAUAUGUUUGUUGAAAUAUUGGAGAAAUUUGCAAGGUUGUGUCAGUUAAUAACCGUGCCAGGUUCAGCAUGUUCUGUAAAAAAAACUUCGAUGACAUUGGAGAAUGUUUCUGUUACAUCAAAGGCUGACCUUGUUAUGAUUCCAGAAAGAUAUCGUCGGAGUACAUUUUCAGCUAAAGACAGUGCAACAUGUGUAGUAUCUGUAGCUGAGAUCAAUAAUUUAAAACAAAGAAAGUCAAAGGUGGGAAGAGAAAAGGCUGCACAGGAUGUGAGAUCAUCCAUCAAGGAUGGUGAAAAGGACAGCUCUGAACCAACACAGAUUUACACAAAAGUUAAUACAGACAUUCUUGCUCAACAUGGCGGUGAUCUAUUGAUUAACAGACAGAUGUAUUGUAGUACAUUAUCCAGUAGCACACCUACUUUAUAUCUUCCAGGGAUGAUUGUUGUUGGAACUGAGGUAAUUUUUACUCUCAUGAAAAUACAUAGAAAACAUGUAAUGCAGCUUAAAGAACAAAGGGAAACAACUUUAAGGGCAACUAUUUAUUACUCAAAGCCUAAAGAUCUGCUAAGAAAGGAAGAUAGAGAUGAACUAGUUGAAGCUUUUACGGAGCUGAGCAAUAUUUAGUCUCAAACACAUAACAGUGGUUUUUACAUUGGAAUAAAGAAAAGUUAAAGUUGAAACUAUAAACUACAAAAUGUAUAAGAGAUUGUUGCCACAUUUGCAAUGGAAUUUUAUAGCCUUAUGUUAUUGCUGCAGUAGAAGUGGUGAAAGUAGGGAAGAAUGCAUUGUUUUUAAUAUUCAAGUACAUCAUGAUUUGUGAUAUGCGAGAAACCAAAACCUAGAAAGAAAAGAAUGACACAUGGGUAUUCAUAUUUCAGAGGCCAAUUUUGGCCAGAUCAAAUAUGCAGUUCAGUGGUGCAUAUACAGGAAUCCUAAAUGUUAUAAAAGUAUAGACUAAUUUGAUAAGGCAGGUUGAUGUUAUAUAAUUUAUUUUAAUCAACUUUGUUUUUUAGAUUGUUGUAUUAUCAAAGCAAGCAUAAUAUAUAUGUCAGAUUUUUUUUCUUACAAAAAAUACUGUAAUUUUUGAUUUACCUGUGACAUUACUUUAUGUGGCGUUGAUAAAUUUGUGUGACAAACAUACGGUUCACAAUUAUAUUAUGCUGUUUUUUGUGGACUGUCCUAAAUUAUGUUAAGUUUUUUUUUUCUUUUCUAGUCAAUAUGUCAAAAUGUUCUAUCAAAUCAUUUAUUUAUGAAUUUCUCAGUUUUGCAAUGAUUUGUACUGUAUUCUCGUUAUGCAAUACUGUCAUUUUUGCCAUAUAUUUAACAUUGCCAUAACCAAUGAGGUUUGGCUAGCCACAAAACCAGGUUCAACCAACCAUUUUUUUUUAAAUGUCCUGUACCAAGUCAGGAAUAUGGCAGUUGUGUUUUAGCCCAUUUCUAUGUAUGUUGCAUUGUCGUGUUUAUUGUUGCGCUUCAAUGUUCCGUUAUUUUAUUGUUUUCCUCUUAUAGGUGAUGUGUUUCCCUCAGUUUUAGUUUGUAACCUGGAUUUGUUUUUGCUCAAUCGAUUUAUGACUUAUGAACAGCCAUAUAUUACUCUUGCCUUUAUUCAUAAAAAAAUGUCUCUGAUUUAAUAAAAAAUUAAAAGAUAACUUUAACAAAGUGGUAUAUGAUUCUUUAUUAAGUAUAAUCUAAAUUUCUAGUGGUUUUUAGGGAAUUUAGGAUAAAAAGUUUUGUAACUUGUUGAUGAAACCUAUGCUAGUUUUAAGUGUUAUAUGGUCAGUUGCCAUAUUUUUAUGUUAUGCAUUCCAUUGAAAUAAAAGAAAUAGUCGAAAAUGUCAUUAAACGAUAUUC